CUCCCUAAAGGCUAGCCCAUUUCCUUCACUUCCUUGGGGACUGAAACCCAUGAUCUUGAGUUCCUCAGGGAAGUGAAAGUAGCCUAGAGGAAUCCAGUAAUUCCUGUUAUCAGCUGGCUUUAUAAGUCAUUGAGCCAUGAUCUGUCUCUUCAUACAAUCUGAGGUCCCAGGAGCGCCAGGAUGUCUGUGCAGUUGGCUUUGCUGCUACUCUUCCUCCUUGGUCUCCAUGGUGCCCUGGCCCUGAGGCUCUGCUCCUUUAAUGUGAGGUCCUUCGGAGAAAGCAAGAAAGAAAAUUGCAAUGCUAUGGAUGUCAUUGUGAAGGUCAUCAAACGCUGUGACCUCAUAUUGCUGAUGGAAAUCAAGGACAGCAACAACAAGAUCUGCCCCAUGUUGAUGGAAAAGCUGAACGGAAAUUCACGAAGCACAACAUACAACUAUGUGAUUAGCUCUCGACUUGGAAGAAACACAUACAAAGAACAGUAUGCUUUUCUCUACAAGGAAAAGCUGGUGUCUGUGAAGGCAAACUACCUCUACCACGACUAUCAGUACGGGGACACAGAUGUGUUUUCCAGGGAGCCCUUUGUGGUUUGGUUCCAGUCACCUUUCACUGCCGUCAAGGACUUUGUGAUUGUCCCUUUGCACACAACUCCCGAGACCUCUGUUAAAGAGAUAGAUGAGCUGGCCGAUGUCUACACAGAUGUGAAACGCCAAUGGAAGGUAGAGAAUUUCAUUUUCAUGGGAGACUUCAAUGCUGGCUGCAGCUAUGUCCCUAAGAAGGCUUGGCAGAAUAUCCGUUUGAGGACUGACCCCAAGUUUGUUUGGCUGAUUGGGGACCAAGAGGACACUACAGUCAAGAAAAGCACCAACUGUGCCUAUGACAGGAUUGUGCUUCGAGGACAAGAGAUCGUCAACUCAGUGGUUCCCAAGUCAAGUGGCAUCUUUGACUUCCAGAAAGCUUACGAGUUGUCUGAAGAGGAGGCCCUGGAUGUCAGUGACCACUUUCCAGUUGAAUUUAAACUUCAGUCUUCAAGGGCCUUCUCCAACAGCAAAAAAUCUGUUUCUCUAAAGAAGAGAAAAAAAGGCAGUCGCUCCUAGAUAUCAGGAUGCCUUUCUCUUAAAGCCACUCCUUGCCUCUAAAUAAAAUGGCUGUCGCAGGUCUGAAGUGCUGUCUGCAUACUCAGGAAAUAAGAUUGGUCCAGCUGCUUUCAUUGUCUACUUGAGUUCAUUCUGUAUGGAGCCAAGUUAGAAGGAGAGUCUUCUGUAAUGCCUUCCUGACCCCACCCACUGUCACUGGUGUCCUGCUAAACACUGCCACUAGAGAGGCUACAGGAAGACAGAUGUCGGGUGCCAGUCCUCACAAGAGAAUCUUGUUUCUCAGAAAAGAGCAGAAAUACCAAGACCCCAAUGACUUUGGCAAUCAACAGUUUUCAGACUCCGCCCCCUCCUGCCUGGUGUCAGGCCACCAUGGCAUCUCACAGGGAUGAAGAGAAUAAAGGCUACUCCUCCUCCGUCUUCCUGCCUUCAUCCUAAUGGCCUCCUUUAACUCAGCCAGCCUCCAGUGGCCACCAGGGUCAAAACCAGGGUCCACCCUCAUUCACAGCCCUGCCCACGAUCCUGCAGGGAUCCUGUAGGAUGCAACCCAGGCUCAGUCUUUGGAUAUCAUGAAGUUUUCCAUUAUCUGACAUCUCAUGCCAGCCUCACCUUAUUCUACACGUUCCAGUAGGGUGACUCUUCCCUGCCCAUCUCCUCCCUCCCUCCCUCCCUCCCUCCCUCCCUCUUCCUCCCUUCAUCCUUUCCUCCUUCCCUCCCUCUCUGCAGGGGCCUUGGCACUACCCUGUAUCCCCUGUUCUAUCCUAGAGUCUAGCUUAAGUGUCCCCAGCCCCAUAUUCCACACCUCCACUGCAACAUUUACCACACUAUAUUUGUUACCUGGGCCAGUACUAGAGCUCACUGAAGGUCCUGGUGUGACAAAGGCUGACUGAGUGAAACUUGAGGAUUUUAUUUCUGUGCCAUUCCUAUGAACUCAGAAAUGUGGCACUAUUUUGCUUGUAUCCAAAGUGCCUGUGUUUGUACAAUUUGCUUUGUUUUUUCCUGAUAUCCUCUCUUCAUUCAACCAGCAUGUGGACAUGGUUUAAAAAAAAGUACUCUGAAGCACCAAAAAAUAAUGACACCUCCAGUUUUGCCCCCUAGUUUCCUGUCUCUGAAGCAGUUCCACGCAGCUCUGUGUGCUUCAUGAGGGUGUCUGUGCAUGAAUGAGCACCCUGUGUAACUGUAAGAAAUACAAAGCUUAUCAUGCCAUCA